UUCUUACAAAGCUUUGCAUAGCACAGUAGGUAGUGUGUGGGGCCAUUUAUAAUAAUCAGCAAAACAGCUUUAUUAACCCACUGUCAGUUUAUCCCAGCGGGAGAUCAAUGCUUGCCGCCAAUCUCUGGGUGUUAUGCAUCUCCCCAAGAAUCUGUUUUGCUGCAAAAUGCUCAUAUGCCGCCCAAUUGAGCGCACACCUAUCCCUGUACUAAUUCUUCCUGAUCCUCUCAGUGUUAAAAAAUAUAAGUCUGGGAACUGCAGACGAUGCUGUAAGCGGGUGGUGAGCACAAACUGUCAGAUUAACAAGUCUGAGUACAUGAUCCUCGACAACAUAGUGAGGAGGGCAGUCAUACAAUGAGACCUCAUACAGCCUCUGAUUAACACUCUGACAAUCAUUUCUAUGAGUUGCACACACAGAAGAACGCUUGAAAAGCACAUGCACAUCUAGCUUGAUUUCAAUUGACACUGUCUUUUACAUGGAAAAGGAAGCUGGGCAUUUAGGAGUCUUACUCUCGGUGUUAAAGUACUAACAGAGGAUUACUGAGGUAAAUGAUGAAAGAGGUUUAGCCACUGUGCUUAGCCAGUGCUCUUAAUUACAUUUCAGCAGAGUGUCCCGUGUGCAGUUGGAUGAGAGAUCAUAGUGAUGUCAGGUAAGGGGGGGGGGGGAUUUAAGCAGGCAGAUAAAGCCAAACUAAUAGAGAGAUAACAUGAAUCUCCAAUUAAAGGUCUUUUUUAGUUAAGACCAGGAGCUGGCACUUGUUGGCCAAAGCAUUUGCAGCAGGACUGAAGACCUGAGAGUUCUGAGGGUUGUGGACUUUCUUGGUGCCGCUUCAGGUCUCAUGCUCAUUUUGGAAUCAUUUCGCUUGUUUGGAAUGAAUGUGUUAAUAUUUUCAUCCUGACUGAGAGUUUGGACAGAUUCCCAUUUCUCUGGCAGACAUUCAGAGGAGUGACAUUACGGAAACAUUUUACACCUCACUGAGUGAAGAUAAAGCACAGGAGGAGUAAACAGCAAAUAGGUGGUGUCAUGACCCCACGGGAACAGCUAAGGAAGAUAUCGGCGCUGGGAGAGCAAGGUGCCCUAGAUGAGAAACACUGGUACCGAAUGGUCAAUGGAAUGUCUGCUGGAGCAGAGAUAAGGCAAAGGCAGGAGCUCAUGAUGAGGAACCAGAUGGCCAUGACUCCACAGAUCUUGACUCAGGGGCAGCAGAGACUGCAGGGUGUCCCGGCACAGUUUGAUCCCCGCUUCAUGGAAAGGGACCUGAUGCCGCCCACUGAAAUAGUAUCAGCUGACGCUAGACAAAUCCACAUGGGUGCCCACUUCGGCCACUCUCUGCCCACAAACUCCAAUGUUAUUCCAGGCAGAGGAUUCCCUGGCACAGGUUACGGCUUCCUUCCUACUGAAUCCAUGGAGACGGUUGCUAGACGACAGGAGUUAAUUCACAAACAGAACAUAGCCAGGAUGGAGAUGAAUGCUAUCCUGCACCAAAAAGAACUGGAGAACUCCCACCAAAAGGGUCUUAUCGGGAUGGAGAAUCCUAUGAUGUACCAAGGCAUCCAACCCAAUCCAACGGCCUUCAGGGGACGCCAGCGGCUCCCAGAUAAUCAUGAUGUAUUCAUCCAUCGCACUGCCCUUGAAGACCUGCAUGCUAACAGUCUCCUAAUGUCAAGCCCUUACCCACCAAUCAACACAUUGCAAAGAGAGCGAGGACGCAGGACCGGCAGAAGGACUGCCAAUCAUAAGAGCUCAUACAGCAACAUCACUCUCCCAAAAGGCCAAUCAGAAGAGAAGAACAUCGAGCAGAGUCCAGGAGCUGCUUCAGGGGAGGAGAAGGAUGUUGAAGGGAAAGAUGAAGUGAGCAAUGAGACCACCACCAGCAAACCACACCAAAACAAAGUAGAAACAGAGCUGUCUUCUGGCAGUAGUAGGAAAAGUUUUAAGGAAGGAGAGCCCGGGAUUCGCAACGCAUGUAUUAGUGGACAGGAGGGCUGUACAGAAGUCACCAACUGCAAUGCUAGCACCAGUGAAAAAGACAUAUCCAGCCACUGCUCGGCUUUUCAUGAAAAGUUUCUGUACCCGUCUGUUUCUGGCCCGCUCACAGGGAUGCCCUACAUGCCCCCCGUGCCAGGAAAUGGACUACCACUUGGACAUCCUACUAUGUUUCUUAAUGGAGAAGAAAUGUCUUCAUUAGAAGAUAUUCGCAAGUGGUCAGAUGAUGACGUCUACAACUUCAUCAGUGAAAUACCAAGCUGCGCUGAAUAUGCACAGACAUUCAAAGACCACAUGAUUGAUGGAGAGACCUUACCUCUUCUUACAGAGGACCACCUCCUGGAUACACUUGGGCUAAAGCUCGGGCCUGCGCUCAAGAUACGAUCACAGUUGUCCCGACGGCUGGGUAACAUGUUCUACAACAUGAUGAACUUGCCUCUCGCCGUCUCCGGUCUGCAGCCUCCACCUGAGAAAAGCGGGGACAGAUCAUCAGACAUCAGCUCCCCCCUCAACUGCAACAGUGUGGAGCUGCUCAGCAGCCCAAGAGACACAGAAGCUCUUAAAGCUACAGAACCUGUUAGUGAAGCUGAUAAUCCCUCACCGACCCAGAUGAGUGAGACCACCUGAAUAACCAUGCAGAACUCAGUGGCGGCUGAUCAACAGGGGGCGCUGGGGCACCACCCUCCUCAAGUUAAAUGAAGCCUACUUCAACAUGUUAAUGAGUCAAUUUAUUGAACAAUUUUCACAGUCUUUAAACUGACAUCUUAAAGGAUUUGGUAUCCUGUGGCUCCCCCGUGUGGACAACAUUAAUAUUAUGGCCUUAAUCUCUGAAUCACAUUAAUAUAAAUGGCAGAUAUAUAUUUUUUUUAAUAAUUACACAUUUAAUGAUUUCUUUACAAACAAUACACCCACAUUAAACUCAAAUUCACUGAUUCAUGGAAUCUUAUUUCAUGCUUUAACAGUUGAUUUUCAAACUUCAAUUUUUAAGCUAAGCAGUAAUGAUACAUUAUUAUAGCCCUUUUUAAAUGGUUAUUUAACAAUUGCAUUCAGUCCCGCUGCUUGCAUUAAUAGUGUGUUUCACUUUGUUGGCUCCCUCAAAAAAAUUUACCAACAGCCGCCACUGGCAGAAUUGUUGGACUUCUUUUUAUAACUCAAAAAUUAUUUUCUAUUUUGACACCAAAAACAUAAGGUAGACAGGUACUGACAUUUUUACAGUGAACUGACUGAUUCUAUGCUUUUGAAUAUUCAUCACAAAUAUAUUGUAGGCUCAGAAUGUGGUUUCAAACAGACUAGGAGACUGUCGAAUGCUGGGGUUUUUUCUAUGUUUCUAUAUGUUUUAAUAAGUCAGUAAAUCAUUUACAUUUUUUUUCUUUUUCAUUACUGCCCUUUUUAUUGUACAAUUGUAUUUUGUUUUUUACUUCAAACUCGGAUUAUUCUCUGUUGUCAUAUACUGUUUUCUAUGGAGAAAAAUAAAAAUAAUUAUUCCUUUGGU